UCUGGAGCAGCCCUAUGUUAAUAUUAAACAAUGGGACACGGCGACUACUAGUUCAGGCUCCAACUGAAACUCUAUCUCUCUCUCUCCUCCGGCCAAUAGAGACGGACGUGAAGAUGCUGACUCUCUCUCUCUCCUCGCCACGGCCUUUCUCUCUCCACAAUAAACAAUUGCCCUAUCUGAGAUCAUCUCCGCCUCAGGAGACCAGGCUCCUUCACUCCACUCAACAACACUCCACUUCCUUCCUCUUCAACCCCCUCAGUGUUUCGAGUAAUCGGGAGACGAUGGCGAUGAUGAAGAAGAACAAAGGCAAAGGGUUUGGGGCUGUUUGUUACUCUGCGCCUCUCACUCCUCGGAACCUACAGUUGAUCUCCACUGUUUCUACCGCGGUCUUAAUGCUUGCAAAGGGAACUGCGAUCCGCAAAUCCUUUCUUGUUCCUUUAUUUGCUCUGCAAGCACCUCCAAUCAUCAUUUCAUGGAUCAAGGGUGAAUAUGGUAUUUGGACUGCAUUCUUGGCGCUUAUUGUUCGUCUCUUCUUCUUUAUUCCUGGUGAACUGGAAUUACCUUUUGUAGUGCUACUACUAGUAAUUGUGGCUCCUUAUCAGGUUAUGAACCUAAGGGGAACACAAGAAGGUGUCAUUCUUUCUUUGGUACUAGCAGGUUAUUUAGCAUUCCAGCAUUUCUGGGGAGCUGGCAGCUUGAGAAGGGCAUUUGACCAAGGUUCAAUUGUUGCCACCUUAGCCACCAUAUGCAUAUUCGCUGUGCCAUGCUUGCUUUUGAUCUGACUUUGAUGUGUAAUGUAGAAGCAUCCUUUCAACUCUCUGUAAAUUAUUGUAUUUGUGGAGAAGAUAAUGUUGGAGAAUGACUGUAAUAUCUGACCCUUUCUUCUCUAGCAUAAGAGUUCAGAUGAAUGUUUGGUUUCUUCUCUCGUCACAAUAAAUUAUGUUAAAUGUUCCUGCAUUCAUUCAACAAAUAUAGAUGAAAGACCAAUUUAUUAUUCAA